AUGGCCUCGUCACAGACGCUCCUCUGCACGUUGCUGCUCAUCGCCAUCGCACUUUGUGCCGUUUCCGCCGCUUACGCUCCGAGAGUGAGUCUUUCUUUCGUUUAAGAUGAAUGGUGUUUGGUGUGUGUUAAAAGACAUUAGGGAGUCGAAAUACUGAGUUGAUGUCAUUGGAUCCCAAAUGAAGCAUUAUUAGUCACUUAAAUUUCAACAGAAAGAAUCCCCAUUUCAGAGCAUUCGCGGCGUUGGGGAUGUCCCUUCGAUGUUCUUCUCUCCAUUCCGAAUGAUGGGAAAACGCAACCAGUUCUACGGUCUUUUCAAGUGAGCUCUCACUGUCACAAAGCAUCUCCAGUUAUGCUGUUUUCAGAAAAAUCCGAAGUAACGAAGUGGUCGACUACUAA